GCCGCCUAGAGUUUUUUGUAGCGCGAUGCAUACGUGUGUUCUUAGUGAGAUUCCCAUUCUCCUGUACAGUCACUUCCAAGAAAAAAAAACCGCCGUCUAUAUAUACAGGAAUGGGUGUAACUGCAGGCGCCCCACCGGUCAAUAUCCACACCGGAUCUCUCACUCACCUGUUUGUCUGCGGUCACGUAGGUUCCUUUGCCUUAUGGAGAGCUACGUCUGCGGUUCCUUGGCGCCCGCGUAGCUCUCCAUUGAAGGGAAGGAGACAUACGUCACCGCAGACAUGUCGUAGCUCUGCUCUCGCUGCUGGGAAUGAAUGGGUGGAUGGGCCUCUUCUCUUCUCUGUCUGUCUGUCUGUCUGUCUGUCUGUGGUCGAUUUAUGUCUGUGGGUGCGUGUGUGUGUCGUGCCCCAUCCGUCUAUACAGCCCCACUCCCCACUCCGCCCAUCCGCCCCUUCUUCACCCCCUCCUUCUCCCCCUCCUUCUCCCCCUUAUCAUUGCUGCUCUGCCGCUUGCGCUUCAGCCGCUCCAUGCGGGUCGCCAGGUCCUCGUUCUCCUCGGCCGCCUCGCGAUUUGUGUAGAAGAUGACAGUCUCGGCAGCUUUCAUGUCGGCCCGCAGCCACAUGAUGGUCUCGCCCACACCGUUGAGGAGCGAUUGAAUGCUGCCAGCAGAGUUGUUGGCACGGCCCAGGUCAGCAAACACCGACGUGGACGUGUACCUGAUGUGCACACACACACACACAGAGAGAGAGAGAGAGAGAGCGAGCUUGUGUGUGGUGUGCGUUGUGAUACGUCUGGAUGCUCACUCCACUCACCAUUCCUCGUGGCACUUGAUCUCCUUCUCUCCUCGCUCCAGGUAGUGGCUGUGCACGCCCGACAUCCUAGGAGGAUGCGAACCGCUGAACGUCAGGAGCGGGAGGAAGCCGAAACGACCACUCACGGGGGCCAACAUGCCGCCCUGCACACACACACGCAUUUGGUCUGCUUGGGGUUUGGGUCUGUGCAGGGGUGGACAUACCCGCAGACGCAGCACCAGGUGCAGACUACUGUAUCUCUGGAUGUUGUAGUAGCCCAGGGUGCGCUCAUCCUCAAGCUGCUUCCCGUCAAAUCUGACACAUGGCACCCAGCAUUACGGAUGACCUCUCUGUCUCUCUAUGACGUCUCUCUCUCUCUCCACAGAGCUCACAUGAGCCGCUGUUGGUCGACGGGGAUGCCCAUGCAGUCCCAAAUCUUCUCCUUCACCCACAGCACAGCCGUGCAGGCCGGGUCGGCAUGAAAAGGGAGUUCCUUGCCCGUGAGGGUCUUGACGAAGAACUCCACGGGAGUGCACGGCGCCUCUCCGUGUGCCGCCCUGCACGCCGCCCUCUGCGCCACCUCCCUCUUGCGCAAUUCCUCCAGCCGCUGGUACUCCUUCUCGUCGGCCUCGAGGCGCUCUUUCUCGGCCAAAUAUUGCUGCAGGAAUGCCGAGUAGCCGUCCAGCUGUGUCUGCAAAGCCGACAGCACGCUCGCGGUGGCCUCGUGAUCCAUCCCUUUGAUUUCGCCGACGAGUGACCGCCAGUUGCGGUGCGCAGGGGGCUGCAGGACGGCCGCCGGGUCCUCCUUGGCACCCUUGAGCGGCUGCCGGGCGUGCAGGGAGGUCAUGCGCGCGUACAAAGGCCCAAUGCGGUCGAAUGCAGCCACCAACUCACCUGCAGCAAGCAAAGCUGGACGGGUGACCUGAUUCAUCGUGCCGAUGGCGUGCGCCACUCACCGAGGAGGAUGGCUCGACGAAGAGAAUCGUUGGAGUCGGUCGCUGAGGCCGCAGCAGCUGCAGCCAUGGCGCUCCCUUGCGCCAGCAGGCCGCGCAACGCC